AUGGCUCCUGGAGGCAGUGCUUUGAAAGAAGUUCUGGAAUCUAAUUCGACGGGAAUGGAUUACGAGGUUAAAACGACAAAAGUUGAAGUUAAUAAUAACAAACCUGCAAAACCAGGUAGUGCAGGAAUUGGAAAAUAUGGGAUGCAUUCGAACAAUGGUGUUUACGAGCUUCUUGAGUGUCCUGUGUGUACAAAUUUAAUGUACCCUCCAAUUCAUCAGUGCCCAAAUGGUCAUACUUUAUGUUCAAACUGCAAAGUGAGAGUGCAGAACACGUGCCCUACAUGUCGCUACGAGCUUGGUAACAUUAGAUGUUUAGCUCUUGAGAAAGUUGCAGAGUCCUUGGAAGUUCCAUGCCGGUACCAAAAUUUGGGGUGUCAUGACAUUUUCCCUUACUACAGCAAGCUUAAGCACGAGCAGCAUUGCAGGUUUAGGCCUUACACUUGCCCUUAUGCUGGCUCUGAGUGUUCGGUUACAGGUGAUAUCCCCACACUAGUUGUUCAUCUCAAAGAUGACCAUAAAGUCGAUAUGCAUGACGGGUGCACCUUCAACCACCGUUAUGUGAAAUCCAAUCCACAUGAAGUUGAAAAUGCUACAUGGAUGCUUACGGUGUUCAACUGUUUUGGGAGACAGUUCUGCUUACAUUUUGAGGCUUUCCAGCUGGGAAUGGCUCCAGUGUACAUGGCGUUUCUUCGUUUCAUGGGAGAUGAAAACGAGGCGAAGAAGUUCAGUUACAGCCUGGAAGUAGGAGCACACGGGCGUAAACUAACAUGGCAAGGGAUCCCCAGAAGCAUCCGUGACAGUCACAGGAAAGUCCGGGACAGUCAAGAUGGUCUCAUCAUCCCAAGAAACCUCGCGCUCUACUUCUCUGGAGGUGAUAGGCAAGAACUCAAGUUGAGAGUGACCGGUCGAAUCUGGAAAGAGGAGUAG